GGCAGAGGUAACUGCAAAGCAUGGUUUGGUGCACAAUGGUUGCUGCGCUCAUGCUGCGCGCCAUUGCACGCUACCAGUGUUGCUAGCGCGGCGCGUCUUUCGAACCGUUCAUUCACCCGAAGUGCAGCCUUGGACUUUGCUUUCGAUCGACUUGUGGAAUCGCGGCUCAGCUACAUACUGACAUCCACCCAGCCUAUUGGGAGCUCCAAUUUAAAGACCAUCCACAUCCGCUCUUGGCUACGGCACCGGCAUGACUGUCUGCAAAUUCUAUCUCCAGGGCCACUGCCGGUUUGGGGACGACUGCAAAUUCGAGCACCCUGGGAGUCAGCGAGAUGGCAAUCGAAAUGCUGGUGGAGGCUUUGGCGGGCGAUCGACUAACAACAACCGUUUUGGUGCCUUCGGCGGCGGCGACACCUAUCGCCCUAAUCAGAACUCAGGCGGAGCAUUUGGAACCGGUCGUGACAGCAAGACAUUGCCGUACCAUCUAGAUAUCGCGGAUAUACGAGCAGAUCUCUCUGGCCAGCGACCGAUCUAUCCGCUUUCAUGCUAUGGCCCCGGUCGUGAUGCCCCGCGACAACUCAUCGAAGGUCCUGUAGAGAUCAGCCCGGAAGAACUUCGCGUAAGAUACUAUACGCAACGAGCUGCAGGUAACGAGAAUGUUGCUCAACAAGAAGAGACCGAACUGCACGCGAAGAUGCAACAACAGAUCAAAGCGAUAGCAGACGACAUUGAGGGCGCUGUUCGGUACAUAGCAGAAGGUGCAAAUGUACAUCCAAACAGGCUGGACAUGGUGCGAGGAACCUCCGCGCAAGCCGGACACUCAGGCUCCAGCUCGAGUCCUUUCGCACAAGCCUCCAGCAAUCCAUUUCCAUCAGGGUCAUCGACACAAGGAUCUGCAUUUGGACAGCCUUCAAAACCUGGAUUCGGACAACCGGCCUUUGGUCAAGCUUCAAAUCCUGCCCAGACCACCUCAGCUUUUGGACAGCCAUCAAUUCCCGGACAGAACACCUCAGCGUUUGGCAACGUCGGUUCUGCUUUCGGCGCGUCGUCAGCACUGGGCCAGAAGCCAUCGCCUUUCGGUCAGCCAUCAGCGCCAGGAGGUGGAAGUGCUUUCGGCAAGCCUGCUUUCGGUGGCGCAGGCUUUGGUCAGACGUCCAUGCCGGGCUCUGUGAGUGCUUUUGGGCAACCCAGUGGCCUUGGUCAGCAGUCGCCUUUCGGGCAGACUUCAGCUCCUGGUAACACACCAGCGUUCGGACAGGCAUCUACACCAGCUCAGGGCUCGGCUUUCGGCCAGGCAAGCGCUCUGGGGCAGACCCAGCAGUCGAGUGCUUUUGGUAAACCUGCCUUCGGACAGAGCCCAUUCGGGCAAGCAGCACAGACUGGCUCAGGAUCUUCGCCAUUUGGCCAGCAGCCCCAGUCCAACAAAUCACCCUUCGGUCAACAGGCUACACAAAGCUCUCAGUCUCCAUUUGUUCAAGCAGCACAGUCAGGGCAACAGCCAAAUCCCUUCGGGCAAGCACAAACCCAGCAAAACGCGGCUCAACCAAAUCCUUUUGGAGCUGCUGCGGCGACACCAGCUCCUGCCUUUGGCCAACCAAGCGCACCUGCCUUUGGAGCACCCAGUCUUGGUGGGCAACAGGCUCAGACUUCAGCCACGCAAGCUCAAAAUCCGUUUGGCCAGCCAACACCGCCAGCUCCGGCCCCUGCAACAACUCAGUCGCCCUUCGGCGCCCAAAGUCAGCCAGCUCCAGCGCCGGCGCAGGCACAACAAAACCUUAAUCAAGCAGCUGGCCCAAUUGACCCGAAGGACCGUUACAAAGAAGGGGACCCAGAAGAGUACGAGGGCGAGGCGGGCAAGCUGCUGGAAGAGAUCUACAGAAGGGUGGGACAGAUGGGUCGAUUCAGCAACGACGAGGACAUACCGCUCACUCCUCCGAAAUGCGAGUGGAUCGUGCCUGUCGCGAUUUGAGAAGUGAUUGGGUUUGAAUUGGCGUUUUGAAUAAUGUAGGAUAAAUGGGUCGCCAUUGACUAGGCCGGCUCAAGGCCUCAACCAUAUGUAGCAUGUCACGAGAA